ACUAUCUUAAUUCGUCAUUUUUACAAUAUUUUACACAUCAUAAUUUGACAAUUUUGUAAAAUUUCAACAAAUUAAUUUUAUAUUCCUGUGAUUAUGAUUUACCCUAAAACAUAAUUUCAAGUGUAUUGUGUAUCUAUUAGUUUCUUAAAAAUAUAUAAAAACAAUGGAUUUUCGUACAUUAGAAAACGAAAAUCUUCCACCUCUGUCGAGUACCCCUACAGAAGUACCAUUGCCCAAGUAUCCAAUCUGGACUGUUGAGUAUUUUCAAAAGUAUUUUGAUGUCACUUCAGAAGAUGUACUUGAGCGUAUUAAAGGAGCAUUGAUCCCUACUUACGGAGUCAAUUACUUACAACGCUAUAUCAGAGCAAAACCAGAUGUGUACGGGCCGUUUUGGAUAUGUUUGACUUUGGUGUUUUCUAUAGCCAUCAGUGGAAAUGUCGCGAAUUACAUUCAAGUAGCUGCUGAUCACGACUACCAUUGGAAGUAUAAUUUCCACGCUGUGUCUUCGGCAGCCACGGCAAUAUUUUUAUAUGCUUGGUUACUACCACUAAUGCUAUGGGCCUUUGUUAAGUACAAAGAGCCACAGUUUAAUCUUAGCUACUUGGAACUGCUGUGUUUGUAUGGAUACUCUCUAUCAAUAUUUGUGCCAAUUUCAAUUCUAUGGGUAAUCCAAAUCAAUUGGUUGCAGUGGCUUCUGGUCGCAGCUGGCACACUAGUGUCAGGUUAUGUAAUUGUAUUUUCAAUCAUGCCUUCGUUAGGACAGAAACCAUUUGCAUUUAUAUUCUUAAUAACUAUUUUACAUUUGUUUAUGGGAACAGGAUUCAUGCUAUAUUUUUUUCAUGUCCCACCAAUACAGAAAUCUUAAUAAAAAACUCAUCAUAUUUUUAUGUUCAUGUAUAAUAUAAUGAUAAUAAUAAUAAUUAUGUAUAAAUAUUUAAAAUAUUCAAAUAUAUAAAUGAUAAGU